UGCUUUUUCAUAGGCCGGGUUUUAUGCCGUUCUACCAGUUCAUCUUGGGAGCACAAGAUCCGCGCAGAUCUGCUAGAAAACUACGACAAAAAAGUUCGCCCGGCUAUUAGAGGAAAAAAGGCUGUUGAAGUGUCCUUUGCGCUGAGAGUUGGCAGACUUGUCAAAGUGGUAACUAUGAACAUUUCUUGAUUUAACAAAUCGACAACAGUUUUCCAUGGUCUAUAUAUUUUUUUUAACGACCAUACCAAAAAUGAUGUUAAAAUGCUCAAAACUCAUUACAAGUGGAACCAGGAGCCCCGGGCGAGUUGUUUCAGUUUCUGUUCUGAUGGUCUGUACUCUUAUCGGCUAUAACCGUCGACCAACCAGCGCGUGAGAAAUCGCUUAGCUGUUGUAAAAACCGUUUUGAUUCCUUUCUUAAUGAUGGUAGCUUUCUAUUUUGCUUGUGUGAUCGAAUCUAACUUCACCUCUGUGAAGAAUGUGAAUCAGAAGUAGUCACGGUGUCGCUCCAUAAGGAUUGGGGCCCCAGUCAUUUGAGUUUGCCGAUUGGGCACAAGGGCAAGCAAAGCAUUUUGAUAUUUUACUAACUUUUUUUUGUGUGUGUAAUAGGACAAUAAAGAGCAACUUGUAGUACUGGACACGUGGGUUAUACAGGUGAAAAUAGGAUAAUCACAUUUCUCCUAGUUUUCAUUAAAGCAUUCGCAUAAAUAUCCACACCCUACAUUCAGCUUAGUAGCCCGUUAGGUUAAAAUUAUGUAUGAUUUCUAGUAUGUACUUAGUUACUUGACAACACGUUUGUUAGGCUGUUCUUCUUAGGAAGAGGGUGAAUUUAAGCUUUCCCUUGAAUGUAAAACUUUCUAAGUCCUCUGUAACCACUGCCUUUAACUUGAGUUUAAAUUUCUAAUUGAUGAUUGAACAUAAUUGAGGAAAUUUAGCUUGGUUUAGUUUUUAAUGUUGCGUUGAUAAUUUUCCCAGCAUUUUUAAUGCUCAUUAUAUUUAGUUUAACCUUUUUUCUUUUGCAAAAUUUACGCUUGUCCCCAAUCUUCUUUUUCUGAAUAACAACUAACCUCUUUUUUGUAAUUUUUAACUUGGUGACCUCAUCAAGAUUCGAAACGAAGACCCGUCUUUUCGUUUUUUUAAAUAAAAAAAUGAGAGUAAAGCUUCUUUUCGAAGACUUUUCUAAACUUAUUCCUUGUUUGCUUGCAGCAUUGGCGAAACCCAUUUCUAACUUGGAAUUCCAGCGAUUAUGGUGGUCUAGACCGUAUUUUUUUCUCUCCUGGUGAAAUUUGGGUACCCGACAUUGCUCUUUAUAACAAGUAAGGAAUCUUGAAAGCUCCUCAAAAAAAUUAAAUCUUAGAAUUCGUUUGAUUUAGCACUUAAACCCUUUUCAUUUCUUUGAAGGAUCAGAAAGACUUAAUCAAAAGUAGUUAAGUCUUCAUUUAUUUAUGUGAUAAUCUCUUAUAACGAGAGAGAAUAACAAUAAUUCUGAUUCUCAGCUCUUACCAACCUCGUUCCCAGGGUUCUCUCCUACCCGUCGGUAGGAGAGAGAGAACUCUGGGAACGAGUUUGCUCUCUUGCUUGAUAACUAAUUCGUAGUCUGUCGAAAAGUUCAGUGAAUCACUGAAAUAUGCUUCAAAAUUAGAUGUGAAAAAUUGACGACAAUAUUAAAACAGUUGUACUAAAUAUCUAACCAAAUCUUACUGGAAUCAUAGUCAGACCUUGAACACUUUAGGUUGCAAUUUUAUGAAACUAAAGCUUGUAGAGUUAACUCUCGCCUUACGGACACUAUAAUCCGGACAGCAGCAAGAGAGGAUAUCCUCUCUAGAGAGCAGCUAAACCCCACGCAAAAAUAAAUUGCAAAUGUUUGACUGAAGAUAAACUUCCACUAUAGACCUUUUCACGGUUUUCUCAAUUUUCACAUGGACAAGUUCGGGAAAAUACGUCAACACGACUGAAAAGAGCGCCUUAAGAUGAGUAAAACUGCCAAGUUUGAAAGUGAUUUGUUGAAAAUGGUGGGGCACAAACUUACCCCACCGUACGGCCUGGUCCUUAGGCGUUCUCGGCUUGGUGAAUCCUAGACUCUACUGUGAGCUGUGACGUCACCGAGCAACGGGGCAAGGGAGAACGAAUAGAGACUAGGCUGCCCACCAUACAAACGUCUGUAAAUUUUUACAACUUUGUGCAGCCAUAUUGUCGCUCGCUUAAGAGCAAUCACUUUUAAAUUUGGCGUAUCCACUAAUAUUAAGGCGCUCCUUCCUGUGUUGUCGACGGAUUUUCCAUAACAUGUCCAUGUCAAAAGUUAAAAAAAAAACCGUGAAAAUGUCUAUUACGGGCUCUAGCUUUUGAGGAUACUAACUCAAGGUCUCUGCGGUGUCCGCGACAAAGGAGUUGACUAUACUCAGAUUAGUAACUAAGAUUCACUGCAUUGUUUCUUCCUCUACAGCGGUGAUGACAAUAUCAAUCUUGCUGGAGGUCCAAGCAAGUUUGUCACAGAUGUUGUAGUUGAUGACAGAGGAAUGUGCCGUUGGGGAGGACCAGCUACGUUCAAGGUCAACUGUAAAAUGAAGAUCGACCAAUGGCCAUUUGACGAGCAGCAAUGCAUACUCGCAUUUGGCUCCUACACUUUCGGAAAAAACCUAUUAAAACUCAAACUAUUCAAGGACAAAAGCCAACUUACAAGUAAGUCACAGGGUGUAUUGACUGCACUUUUCGCUGAAACGUUGUCGUAUCAUCUUUAAUUAGUGUUAGGAACCGUUGCUGCUUUCAAGUUGUUAGUCCAAUCCCGUCCUUAGGGCGAGGGGCGCCCCAGCUCCCAUUUUCUAAUUUUAAUAUCCGUUGGGGUCUCAGCACAGUAGUCACUGAGCUCCACUGGCAAAUUAUACUUGAAGACGUUAACUAUAAACUGAGAAGCGCACAAUUUUGUAGGUAUAUGUUGGCUCGGACUACACAAGUAGAUUAAAGCUUGGAUCUAGCUAAUUCCCUUUUCAAUGUGAUUCUCAAGCACAUUUCUAAAAUUCAACGUUUAAGUCAUCUAAGAGAAAUAGGGAAUGGUAAAGUAAACUAAACUGGGAAAACUAGGAAAAAACAUCAAAUUAUCGAUUGAUCGAUCACGCCCUCCAUUGUGCAUGUUUGAAAAUUGCAGCGGAGUGUGUUCUUGCCCCUUCCCAUGAGACCCCACGCGCCUCAACCUACUCAUGGCCCCAAUCUUGUGUCACCUCAAAAACACAUAAAUAGCGCCUGGGUACAAACCUGCUUCAACCUUUUUUUGCAGAUCGUUUUGUGGAAAGCGGAAACUGGCGCAUAGAAGAGAUCACGUCCAGACUCUCCGAAACUGACCAUGGAAACUGUUGCAGGUUUAACUUCAGCGAGGUUGAAUAUACCAUAAAAAUGAAACGCAAAUCGCUCUACUACACGUUCUACGUUACCAUCCCGUGCGUCAUUCUCACGAUUCUUGCCUUUAGUAGCUUCCUGAUUCAUGUUGAAAGCGGGGAACGCAUUGGAUUCGUCACCACUGUUCUUCUCGCCAUGACAGUUUUCUUACUCAUCAUUCCAUCGUGGUUGCCAGUCACUUCAGACGGUCUUCCCAUCCUCGGAGUGCUUCUUGAAGCCACCAUGAUUAUAAUAACUCUGGUGUUAUUCGCCAAUAUCGGGGUGCUGAGAGUGUACUUCAAAGAGGGAACGCCUCCAGACUGGGUUGAACGCAUCUGUUGUCUUUGCAUCGGACGAAGACGUCAAAAUAUUCAGCAGAUUCACGCGCAAGGUGCUGAGGGUCCUUUGUCAAAGGCUGAGAAAUCCAUUGCUUCUAUGGUAACCAUUGAGAUGACUGGGUCCAAUAUCGACACCACUUCAACAACUGAACAUUGUGACAAGAAAGGAGACGACCAUCUCACCUGGCAAAGAGUGUCUACAAUAAUGGAUCGUGCGUUUUUCGUAAUAUUCGUUCUGAUUUCUUUGACAUCUUACGCCGUUUAUACAGCAGAUGCUCUUUAAGAUGUUGCGAGGCAAAGAGGGGAAGGUGGAGUGGAGAAGAUGUUCAUUCGUCCCCCUCAUUUUGCAUGCUGUGGCUACUACAUCUACCUAAUCUCUUAAUAAAAGCUUUCAACCACAAAAAAUCAUUAUUUAGGAUACGACAGAACCAUGAACGGUACGUAUAUACGUUGGGACUCCAAACUUCUAAGCUGGAGGGUUAAGGCACUCACUAAGUAUAUAGACUACUUAUUGUACCUUUUCUUUUCAAAUUAAAUAAAUGCAUUUGUCUGGAGGCAGUAUAUAUUUUACCAGCUUGUGAUAACGAAAAUGAAUCUUCAAAUCCACACGUAACGGUUUUUAGUACCUGUUAAAAAUUUCGCAGGCACAAACAAGGGUCAAACAAGCAUACUGAUCAUUGAAUGAGAAAACAACGAUUAAACCCCUGUUCGCAGAUCGAUUAUUUACCUCUUGUCUUCUGCAUUGCCAACGCACAGAACUGCUCUGAUGGCCACUGUGAAACCGAGAGAUUUUGCUCACUCUGGUCCAAUAUAAUUGUUUAAAAGCGGGAAAUAUCACAAUGAGCAGUACCGGAUCUCUUGUCGAACACUGGCCGGGUAUUAAGUGAGCUGGUUGAAGCACUUGCACACCGGUGUACAAUCUCGUGCACAGUUGAAAAGCAAAUAUAAACUCCAUAUGGUUGCACAUGAUCGCCUGCCGAAGAAGAUGGAGAUGUCAGUGCAUGUUCAUUAUUUGUUGAAUUGAAAAAAAUGUGUUAUCUAAUUCAGCAGGCAUUUGUUUGUUUGUCAUUUUAUAAAACAAUUGUUUGCCUUUUUUUCUUGGCUUUAAAGGCGAAAAUUAAAAUGAAAAAAAGCUAGACCCACGUGCAUCAAUCAGACCAGAAAUUUUGCUUCGUAAUCCUGAUAGGUGCAAACAAAGUCACCCUCUGUUGUUUUCUCCCAGAAAAAGAAAGGAAAAAUGAAAAAAGUGCACGUCACACAGCUUUUUUCAUUAAGGCAUUAUUCUCUUCAUCAUAUUAAGAUCUAUUAAAAGUAACAAAAAAAUAAAUCCUCCUGUGAUUUGUUUUAUCUGCGUUUGUGUACAGCAGUUUUGAUGCUUGGAAGUAGUCGGACUUACCGAGGAAUUAUGUGCAAAAACAUUCAAUAAAAUUAGUUUGAAAGAUAAAGUAUUAGACUUUUGACUUGAGUUUUUAUUGCGCUCAUUUCUGUCUGUUCACUAACAUCUUAGAGAAAGCGAUCUUGCGUGAGGUUAUACGACAGUUAUGAACGCAUGACUCGACACUCUAUUGCUACUACAUCCAGCUAACAUAAUUUUAAGUGCUGGGCGUGAAAAAAACGUCAUUAAAUAUCAAGGAUCGGGUAUUUAAAAGAACCAGUUGUGUUAUAUUGACUCUAGUCACGUCAAACAUUGUGGUUAGCCAAACUAAAAAUGUGACAUAAUGCACAUUGAUAUGAUCAGCCAAUAUAAUUAAUAAGCUCGAAUUCUAGAUCAUUUUUGAAAAUUAUACGUGUCCUCCACCCGACCCCAGUUAGCCACCUUUCCGCUUGCCUACUUAGGGCUUACUUCGGUUGCCUAGCAACUCAGAAUAGUUUAACACCACGGAAAAUACAGAACAGUGUAUUUAUGAGAUUAUUUCACGCAAAGUUAUUUCAACGGACAAUCUUGUCAAACUCCCAAACUUUUUGUCACAACUCCUUACCUUUUAUCUGCUUUAUAUAAUAUAUAUAUAUAUACAGAACUGUUGUACAUUUGUAAUUUCCCACGAAAUGUAACAAUCAAUAUAGGUCCGAGAUUUGCCCUUGACGUCACCGAGCGGUAAUAAAUGUGCGCAAAAGCGUGACUCGAAUGGUAAGUAGGUUACAGAUAUUUGAUAGAGCAUAAAGAUUUGAAUAACGCGCAUAUUUUAGUCUUAAGAUUCACACUCUUGUAGCGUGAGAGAUCGGAUGCUCGAACAAACAUCGCUUCAAUUCUUCUACUGUUUAAACGCAGAUUAGAGCCAUAGUUGAGAGAAAAAAGGACUGUUACAAGUUCCGCAAUGAACCAGAUUACAAUCUCUCUAACGCUUCUCCAGAUUUUCUCUCUAUUUGACGGUAGGUAGAAUUACAUAGACUCAUUUGUGACUUAUAUCUAUGCUAAUACUGUGAUAUAUGUUUAAGUCAAUUGGGUGACUAAUUUGGCAAUUGAAAAUGGCAUUUAGCCUAAAAAAAAAAGAAGUAAUUUAUCCCUGUCUGCUAGCUAUUUUUCUUGUACAAAGUCGCAGACGUCGACGAUGCGAUUUUAAAAACCAGAUACUUGAGCAAAUAAUCACAACUCUUGUGUGGCUCUCGUUGAGUAACCCUGUUUGUUUACGGAAACUUGCACUGCGUAGUUUUAUCUUGCUAACUGUAAAAAAACAUAUUUAUAAACUUGAUUUUUUUAAAAAUUGAAUUUGGGGGUUAAUUCAUUUAUCGCUCCCAGCUUCUCAUCAAAAAUGACGAAUGAACAAAUCCUCAUCACCGUUGAGUGGUUGAUAUUUAUCCAGUGAUCAAACUCAUUGCGAAAUGUUUUUUUCCCGCACCCUCUGUCACACAGCAAGUGACGUUUUUAAAUACUUCUCUAUAACAUAGAGGACAUACGGCAGUCUUCUCUUUGAGGUUUUCCUUUCUGAAAGGCCAGUAGAAUAUAGUCAAAUAAUGUACAUAGUAUGUUUUGAGCCUUAGAAGCGUUUACAUGUUCAUUUGGCAGCCGUACAAAAUAUUUAACUAUCGCGUCAUACUGAUCACACAACGCUGAGGUGAUAUUAUUCCCCCCAAAAACCUCGCGUGUUUACGACGCUGGCAGAAGUUCGCGCCAAAUAAUGUGGGGUAAUUUGACGCGUUUAAAAUACAAACCAAUACAUUAAUAUUUAUUUCGGAGAGUAACUUAUUGACAUUUAGUCUUCUUUAUCCCUUUCAAAUUCUCUGCGUUCUGUUCCUUCCUAUUUCUGCCUUCUUUCUAUUGAAGCUACUUUGUCUCUUCCCAGAGUCUGUUUCUCUAGCCUGUUUAGCAAGCUCUUCCUCCCCACCCUCCCCCUUUUUCCUCUCGGGUACCAACCUUCUGGUCGAACUUGCAUGGAAACGCUUGCUACGUAGGCUACCUUUCCUCCUCUUCCUGCAUAGCUGGCGGAGUUUUUGUGACGAAGCCGUUAUUUUCGCAAAGCGUCUCUUCACCAUUCUCCAGACGUCAAUCGAAGCUCCUCUUUUAUUCCAAAACGUUCCUCGCGCGAACGAUCCCACCAUCUACGCAGGCUACUCUUGCUGGAUCCCUCUCUCUCUUCCUCUCCAACUCAUCCCUCAUUCCUCCGGCCUCUUUUUGCCCUCUCCUUUUCUUUCGCUUCGCUUUCGCCUCCCAAGUAUUACUUUUUCUACGCAUUCAACUCACUCCAACUCGAAUUCCGAACAAAUCCCCUUUGGGAUGUCCAGUCUGAUGAUACAGUUGUUUCUUGUUUCUUUUAAUUUUUCCCACAGUAGCAUUAAAAAGACUUCUUUUCUUGUUAGGAUCUCUGUGUUCAACAAAUUCUUCAUGGGAACACCACAUUCGAGCAGACCUACUGAAUAACUAUGACAGAAAAGUUCGCCCAGUCCGCGAGGGGAGGAGGGAAGUGACAGUGCAAUUUUCUUUACGAGUGGGUAGACUCGUCAAAGUGGUACGUCAAAUAAUCUUUGGUACACCUUUUUAACUUGUAAAUACAACCUUUUUGAUAAUUUGUAAUUACUGCGUUUACUUCAGAAUUAAAAAGUUGUUUGAUUGGUCAAAGCGAGGUGCGUGAAGCGAGGCGGGAUCUGGUACAAUAAGAAGCUGACGGGAGGGUCAAGGGACAAUAGGCAACAAAAACAACAACUUUAUUGACUUGAUCUUCGACAUGAAGAUUUCAGCACCAAAACAAUCAAUAUAAUCACAAAUGAAACAAAGUAAAAUAAAAGUUAAGUAAGAAGGAACAACAACUUCCCGCAGGGUAGGCCUUUUCUCAAAAGCGGGCCCGCUGAUAAACGAACCAGGAUAGCAGCUAUUAUUAUUUACAUUCAAGACAGGGGUUUCAGCAGUUAAGCAGAGAACGUGACAAAACUAUCAGUUACCAAAACAAAAUGGGCAAGUUUAGCUAGGACGCGCACUUUCAUUUCCGUCCUGAAGAGGUAUUGGGACUUUCCGUCGAGAAACGGGCCCCAAGGACGAGUCUGUGCAUAUGCAAGUUUCGGAUAACUUGCCAUAACAACCAAUGCUUUACGGUAAAGUCGACUGAGAGCAAACAUCUUAUACUUGAAGAACCACAAGACCUUCUUUUUUUUAAUACAUUUCUCUUUAUAUUCCUUUUCUCUAACAGGAUAAUCAAGAGCAAUUAAUAGUUGUAGAUACUUGGGUUACACAGGUGAGAUAUUGCAAACUUAAUUAGUUCUUUCAGUACCCUGGGUGUCGGAGACUUUCCUAGCGCGGUUUCCGGUUUCUGUCAAGUCAUUAUAGUGACCCGCGCUUCGCCGCUCGUGGCUUUGGCCUUCGACCAACACCGAAAAUUCCCGCCGGGAGCGAGAAAAACCUCUGGUACCCAGGGUAUUCUUUCAAGAGCCAUACCACACGAUAUUCUAAGAAGGACACCGUGACAGGGGCGGCUAGCACCAGGUAUCGAUCUUACUGCGGGGGAAGGGAGGGAGGCGGGUGGGGGUCACACUGCUCAUGUCACAUUCGCUGUAAUUACGGGAUUGUCAUGUCGAUAGACUAUCCAUGCUGUGAUUUUGUAAAAGACAUUGCUUGGGAUAAGCAAUUGGCUUGGGGGAAGGCUUAGGGAGGCGCGCCUGCAAAGUACAGGAAGCUGCAUAGUUAAGAUGAGUCUAGCCUGAUUGCGUUACGAACUCGUAAGAACGUCUGCGUGGGAGGCUAACACGAGUCCUGCAGCGAAAAAGAAGAAAUAUGUUGUCUACAUGAACCGAAUUCUGGCCCAUAGAAGAACCACCGACAAAACAAAGCGAGCUUUUAAAUGAUUGUUUCUGCGAACACCCUGGAUAUAACAAUAAUUGUAAAGUUUUUAGACUUGAAAAAAUGGGUGGGAGAGGGAGCGAACACUGGCACCCCAGGACGCCUUCAGCUAUGCUCCUUCCUAGCUACGCGCGCCCCUGAACAUGACUUGAAAAACAGCAGGGACCAAUCCGCCAUAUGAUACAGUUUUACGUAAUUUAUUUCUCAGGCGUGGGACAACGAAUUUCUCUCGUGGAACAUAAACGACUACGGUGGCUUAGAUCGCAUCCAUUUCGCCCCUAACGAAAUUUGGGUUCCGGAUAUAGCUCUAUUUAACAAGUGAGUGUUGGUAGCCUUUGUUUUAAAAAUUGUUAUCAGUUUUAACUGGUAGUUUUUGGUUUAACGAUUUUCGUUUUAUGUAUUUCCAGUGGUGAUGAUGAAAUCAACUUGGCGGGGGGUCCAUCGAAGUUUGUCACCGACGUCGCGGUGAAUAACGAAGGCAGAUGCCUUUGGAGCGGACCAGCCACAUUCAAAGUCAACUGCCAAAUGAAUGUUGACAAAUGGCCUUUUGAUGAGCAGUCCUGCGAAAUGGCGUUUGGUUCAUACUCAAAUUCAGCCCAUACGAGUAUGAACCAAACGCCAUUUCGCAGGACUGCUCAUCAAAUGGCCUUUUGAUGAGCAGUCCUGCGAAAUGGCGUUUGGUUCAUACUCGUAUGGGCUGAAUUUGUUAAGAAUCAAGUUGUUCAAGGACACCAGAAAAAAAAUUGUAAAAAAGGUCUUUUGAUGGAGAGUCCCGCGAAAGGGGGUUUGGGUUAAACCCGGUAGGGUGUAAUUUGUUAAAAAACAAGUUUGUCAAGGACCCCCCGGCGUUUAAAAGAAAAGGGGCAUACCCCCCCCCCCCCGGGAGCGAUAUAACUUCGUUAGGAGUUUAAAUGGCAGAUUUUGGUAUCACUUAGGUUGCUCAGGAUAAUUUUAGGUCUAAGGGACGAAAUUAUCCCUUUUGGCUGUGCAGCACCACAUAGUAAGCAUCAGACGGUCAAAAGAGAAAGUAAACUGUAGUCUCCCUCACAGCCGUUUUUGUCACGUCACCCAACUCUCCUCGGAGAAGCGUUACGUGACGAGACAAAAACGGCUGUGCGGGAGACUAAGGUAACUGUGGCACCUGACUCGUCCCCAGUCGUCUCUAAGUUCUCUCUACUCAUUAAUUAUUUACUAGGGAAGUGCUUGGGUUAUGCGCGCGUCAUCCCCUUUGUUAAAGAGCGCGUUCUAGUCUUCCACGCCGAAUACUAAUAAUGGGAGACGACUGGGGACGAGUCAGACUGGGGCACCGUUCACACGGCGCCGAACAAAUUUUCGACCGGUUUAAAAUUCGUCCGUUUAGGUGUUCUGUUCACACGAAACCACCUUAACUGACGAAAAUUUAGCCGUGUAGCCGGGUCAAAAUUGUGUAUAAACAGAGGACUGAUUUUGAACGAUUCCUUAUGAAUGAAGUGGUCGGUGAAAUCUUUCAGCUGCGAUCGAAGAUUUCGCCCGGUGCCUUGAGAAAGUAGCUUGAACCACACCUCGAUUGGUAUCCCUUAGGAUAAAGAGAGAACAAUAGGAUUUUCCCCUCUAGCCUUAAACGGGGAAUAUGGAACGGAAACGUGCUCGGGGUAGUAGCUCUGGGAAGAGGCUGGGAACAGUGAAAUGAAAAAAAAAAAAGAGCGAAACAGGUAAUGAAUAACUGGCUCACUCAUAGGGCUAAGAAAGGAUUAAGGAGGCUUUUGUUGCCACUUUUUAUUUUUCCUCUUUCCUCGUUGCCCACUCCCCAUCUUAAUAAUUGCCAUUAACAAUUCCAAUUUCCUAAAGUGUAUCCCUACCUUUUCACAAAGGAGUUCUCCUCUUCCCAGCUCCUCAAUGCCCGAGUGGCUAUUAAUCGAACUCCCCCAGAUGUACAUGUCCGGCUGGAACCUUGCCACCAAUUUGUGUCGUUAGACAAGAAGACACUGAUUUGCUCCAAUUUUCUAUCUUAUGACUAAGCUGUGCCAUUGUUUCUUCAUUUCAGACCGUUUUGUAGAAAGCGGAAAUUGGCAGAUAGUAAACAUUUCAUCUAGAAUCACCGAAACCGACCACGGAGACUGCUGCAGGUUUAACUUCAGCGAAGCUGAGUUCAAAAUUUCAAUGAAACGCAAAUCGCUUUAUUACACGUUCUAUAUCACCAUCCCUUGCGUUAUUCUGACUGUUAUUGCCCUGACUAGCUUUCUGAUCCAUGUUGAAAGCGGAGAACGCAUUGGAUUCGUCACCACUGUUCUUCUCGCCAUGACAGUCUUCUUACUCAUCAUCCCUUCAUGGUUGCCAGUCACUUCAGAAGCACUUCCGAUCCUUGGAGUACUCCUUGAAGGCACCAUGAUUAUAAUCACCCUAAUCCUGUUUGCCAAUAUCUUCGUCCAAUGGAUCUACUUCAGAGAAGGAACGCCUCCAGACUGGGUACAGACGAUUUCCCGCUUCUGCGGUAGAAGAAAACGCAGAGGAAAGCAGCAGACUCGUGUUGGUAGCGCAGUGGCCCCAUCGCAUUAUGCUUUGAAAUCAACUGCUUCCGUUGCGGGCAUCGACAUGACCGAGUCAAGCAGAAAUUCACCGGUGGAACAGGACAACCAGAAGAUGGAUGAGUAUUUUUACACGUGGCAAAGGGUGUCCACAAAAAUGGACCGCUUUUUUUUCAUAUUAUUCAUCAUUAUUUCAGUUAUCGUAUAUGGUGUGUACAUAGGAAUUUCUUUAUAG